AAUUCAGGCGUUUAUUUUGAAGGUUUCCUCAUUACCAUAGAAAAGUGACGUCAUCGCCAGUACUGCUAGCAGAAUAGUAGUGGGGGAGUGCGAACCGAGGGUAGUGAGGUAGGAGAGAGGAUGGUAAAUUAAAAACGCGAUCAUCGAUGAAUUAAGUGUGUGUGAGAUGGAGCAGCAAAACCAUUUCAAGCAGCUGUUGCUGCAGCUCAACCAGCAGCGAGCCAAAGGGUACCUGUGUGAUGUCAUCAUCGUGGUGGAGAAUGCGCUGUUCCGCGCCCAUAAGAACGUCCUGGCGGCCAGCAGCGUCUACUUCAAGUCGCUGGUCCCCCACGAUAACCUGAUCAACCUGGACACUGAGAUGGUCAGCCCCUCAGUCUUCAGACAGGUAUUGGACUUCAUCUAUACAGGUCGUCUGUCCAGUUCUGACUCUGUCAGUGACCACAGUGUCUCGUCCCUCCUGACCGCCGCCUCCUACCUCCAGCUGACAGAACUAGCUGCUCUCUGUCGGAGGAAGCUCAAAAACAAUGGACAGACCCCCUCCAGCUCCAACAAGUUGACCACCUCCCCAACCCCCAAUGGACACACGCCUGGCCCCCUCCGCCUCUCCUCCACCCCCCUCAGAGCAACCCCCAGCCACCAUAACAACCACUCAGGGUCCAGGAAGGGCAACCUGAGGAACCAGAGAUGGGGCCAGGAGGGGAGGCUGAGAGAGGAUCUCUCCGAGGAGGAGGUGUUUAUUUCGGGCUCGCGGUGUGCUUCCCUCAGCCCCUCUGGAGGAAGUAGGGUUAAUGGGCUGGCUCUAGGACUGGACCUGUCCAAGAGGAGUCCAUCAGGAAGCACCGCCACAGAGGAAGUGUCCCCCAGCAGUCUCCCCCAAAGCUCCUCCCCCCACUCCUCAUCUGUUUCUCCCACUCCUCCCACCACGGCAGAGCCUAGGGAGAACCAGAGGCAGCUUCCAAAUACCUCCACAGACCUCUUGCCUAGGGCCCCUUGCAAGAGACCCCGAUCCCACAGAGAGGCCACCAACCUGGGAGAGACGGGCAAGGCACUGCACAAGGGCCUAGUAAAGAAACCAGGGGCCCCAGGGCACGAAAAGCUGGUCAGAGGGGAUAGAGUGACCCCAGAGCUGGAGGAUGGGGAGGUGGAUGGAGAGGAGAAUGGCCAGGACCAGAGUGAAGAAAGUGGGCACAGUGGGAGUGAGGGAGGAGGAGGAGGAGCUGGAGGUAAGAGAAAUGGGAACACCAACUAUAUCUACCGUCAGCCCCAGCCAGGGUUUGAGCCAGGUGUGGGGGACAAUCUGUACGUCUGCAUCCCCUGUGGGAAAGGCUUCCCCAGCUCCGAGCAGCUUAACGCCCACGUCGACACACACACCCAGGAUGAAAUCUACCUCGAAGAAGAGGAGGAAGAAGAGGAGGGUGGUGGAUACCUGAAGGACGAAGACCCUGACAUCUAUGCAUCACGGGGGGUGGAGCCUGGCGCUGACGAACCUCGGCAUCGUUGCACAGUCUGCAGUAAGACCUGCAAGGACGCUGUGUCGCUACGGGAACACGAGAAGAGCCAUUGGCUGAACCGGCCGUUCCCCUGUAACAUCUGUGGCAAGUUGUUCACCCAGCGAGGCACCAUGACCCGCCACAUGAGGAGCCACCUGGGCCUCAAGCCCUUCGCCUGCGAGGAGUGCGGCAUGCGCUUCACACGCCAGUACCGUCUCGCCGAGCACAUGCGGGUCCACUCGGGGGAGAAGCCCUACGAGUGCCAGCUGUGUGGCGGAAAGUUCACCCAGCAACGCAACCUCCUCAGCCAUCUAAAGAUGCACACCUCGCCCUCAUAGAGGACACUUCACCAUGGUUACUGCAGCUGGACCACAGCUAUCUGGGCUCUAUUAGGCUGUCUGCCUCAUCUUCAGAUGCUAUCUGGUGUUGCUGUUACCCAUAGUACCUCCUCACCCUUGUAAACACACCUGGGUUCUACCUCAACUUUAGAAACUCACCUUGAAAGGAAUGACCCCACCUUUAUAACCACUCCUCCUGAGUAACUCUGCUCCUUUACUUUAUCUCAACCUCUUAACAACCAUCACCCAUACCUCAAAUCAACCUUCACCCAUACCUCAACCUCAUAACAACCUUCACCCAUACCUCAACCUCAUAACAACCAUCACCCAUACCUCAACCUCAUAACAACCAUCACCCAUACCUCAACCUCAUAACAACCAUCACCCAUACUUCAUAACAACCAUCACCCAUACCUCAUAACAACCAUCACCCAUACCUCAUAACAACCAUCACCCAUACCUCAUAACAACCAUCACCUGUACCUCAACAACUGAACAACCAUCACCCAUAGCCUCACCCAUGACGACUGUUCCUCUGACUUGCCUCAACCCCAUUUUACUAAUACCAACCAUUGCAUCACCCUCAGAACCCCAUCUUACUAAUACCAACCAUUACGUCACCCUCAGAACCUCAUCUUACUAAUACCAACCAUUACGUCACCCUCAGAACCCCAUCUUACUAAUACCAACCAUUACGUCACCCUCAGAACCCCAUCUUACUAAUACCAACCAUUACGUCACCCUCAGAACCUCAUCUUACUAAUACCAACCAUUACGUCACCCUCAGAACCCCAUCUUACUAAUACCAACCAUUACGUCACCCUCAGAACCCAUCAUAAAAUCCACAUAGCCAGCCAGCCAGCCAGAUAUACUGGCCAUCUCAGGGUCAACACACCACACCUCGCCAUCUGCCAAAGACUCCUUCCCAUCCCAGGUGGCUCAAACGUGUUUUGAUGAUAGCUUUUAGCAUCCAACUAAACUAGUCCUCCCAGGGUGUCAGUUCUGUGCCUCCAGGCUGCUGUAGCUGUCUCUCGCUGGUCAAUGUGUGACCUCAAUGCCUCUACUACCUCAUUAUAAGACACAUACUGGACCCCAGGCAUGACUGGCUAACAGUCAGUAGUAAUAGUAUGCUCUCCAGCUAGAUGGAACAGGUUAGUCAUCCUAUCCUCUGUAUAUAAUAAUACAUUUUCACCUCCACAUACACAGCCUGUUUGAAACUUGCCGUUAUUAGAAAUUGAUCAGGGGUAUUCUUAACGCAAUGAUGUUUACUUUACUGUUGGUUUACAGGUCAGGGUUUGUAUUGUAUGUGAAGUCUUGAAAAAGCCAAACUUGGGGGGGUUAAAUGUUUUGAGAACUUAUUGCUGCGCUUUUGUGAAUGUUUAAACUGGGUAUUUCUACUUUGGGCCUGGGAGGGGUGGGGAUAUUUUCUGUGAGGCAUCAUACUCUGGUGGUACUGUUGUGUUUUGUGUGUAGCGGGUUUUUUUCUUUAAAGGGCUGGUCUACUGAGACAGGUGGCCAGUAUCCCUGUAUUACGUUUGCUUUUGGUUUUCAACAAGUUCCUCCUAUCUCUUAAAGAGAUUCUCCGGUACUUUUGUAUACUUUUUAGCUAGUAGUUCUAAAAGUCAUGCUCACCAGCCAAAAGUGGUCCCUGAAAAAUGCUUACUACGUCAUUGUAUGUGCAGAUAUGUUCACCACGUCAUUGCUCUCUUGCUCUGCUGUGUGUGCAUCUUGCUAGCUGUCACUCAAAUGGCGAGGGACUGAAGCUCAUUGGCUAGAACUCGAAUUGCAAGCGGGCUGGCCCACAGGGGAGAAAAUGUAGGGAAAAUGGCACAGCACAGUUUCCAGAAAAACAGUCGCUUUCAAACUAGGGAUUUCGUGGCAAAUUGAGGUAAAAUAGUAUUUCUGCUCAUAGAUUAUGCAUGUAUGAACUACAUAUUGACACUUCCAGCCCAAAGCUGGAGAUUUAAAAAAACACUUAGCCAAAGUUCCAGAGCAUGUCUUUAAUGCUGUGAGGAGAGCAUAGCUUUCUGGACAGUGUAUUACUAGUGUAUGACAGAGCUGAAACUGCUACGAGAUUGUAUAUUGAAAUCCAAAGAAAACUAAUACAAAACCAACAAACUUAACAACCAAAGUCUUUCAAUGUCAAAGUGAAGUUGUACCCAUGUUAUUAUGUCUACGGUAUAGUCCACUCCUAGUUCCACACAAACAGCCAUGUGGUUGGAAUUACCAAUGUUGAUUGGACCAACCUCACUUUAUGGUCUUACAUUAUCUUUACUCUGUCCUCAGGAGGACUACAUUUACAUGUCAUUUCAGACCAAAAAUCUAAGACUGUUGUAUGACUCCGUUUUGGACUAGUAUUUAAAUCCUCUUUCCUCCAUGUUUAUCGCUCAAUUGUUGAAAGAAAGUCAUUUUUUACACCAGAAACAUGUAUAUUACUCCUCAACUCAGGAACCAUUGCUGUCAGGGUCUGGCAUCUAUACAGUCCAUAUCAACACUCUCUCUGGUUGUUUUGGUUGAGGCAUUUAGAAUGUAAUAUGUCGACAACUCAAAUGAAAGAGAGCCGAGAGCAACAUGUUUGAGCUGUGACAGGGAUACUUCUGACUCGUAUCUUCAGGGAGUGUUCGUUGUGUUGUCAAACAGUCUGCACCGUCAAAUGUCUGUGCGGGAAAGCAUAAACACAAGAGAUUUUUUUACAGGGAGAGGGUGGUGAUUAUCUUCUUUCAAAUAACUGCGUGAUGAAAUAUCAAUUUUACUAUUUUAGCUCUUGAAUGUUAUAUCAGCAUGCAUUUGGUCAACAAACCCUUUAUCUAAUGAGAUUGUUCUAUUUUGUCUGUUGCUGUCCCUCUGUUUAGGAAGUUGUUUGCAGAAACUUAGUGUUGAUGUCUAUUGAUUAUUCACGAAUGUAUUUAUUAGUUGGAUCCUGUUUUAAGCCUCUUUAUGAUAACUCAGUGGAUGAUAGUCAUGGGCUUUGCUACUUUGUUACUGCUCAUCCAGAAAAGAAAUAUGUUAAAUAGCUGCACCGUCAGCGUUUCUGCUGCUGAACGCGAGCGGAUUGACUAGCAAGGAAACGUGCGGUGUUGCGCUAGCUUAGUUCAUUCAGUGUGUGUCGCAGCGUGGAUUAAAACAGACAUGGCAAAGCAAGCUGUUCUGCUAAUACUUCAGUUUCUUUUGGUACUUUCAAAGAUUUAGGACUACGUUAAUUCAUCAGUUCUUGAUCUGUCCUCGGCUGCUAAUGGUGUGAUAAUAGCCUCCUAGUCAGUUCGCCAAUGACGACAAGGCAUAUUGAAUGAAUGGUAGACCUGAACUGAGAAGGAAGAUUGAUUAAUUAAGUCAUGGAUGGAGAUCUGAAACAAGCUCGUAUAGGGGCGGCAGGUAGCCUAGUGGUUCGAGCGUUGUGCCAGUAACCGAAAGGUUGCUGGAUCGAAUCCCCGAGCUGACAAGGUAAAAAUCAGUCGUUCUGCCCCUGAACAAGGCAGUUAACCCCCCUGAACAAGACAGUUAACCCACUGUUCAUUGUAAAUAAGAAUUUGUUCUUAACUGACUUGCCUUGUUAAAUAAAGGUUACAUUUAAAAAAUAUAUAGGCCUUGUUCAGGUGUUCCAUGAUUAUUCAAUUUACAGUAGACUAGGUCUACUAUAUUGCAUCUAUUAAUUGAACUAGGCCUAUUCAGAAUUUGUCGCCCACCCCCCCAAAAAAAACCUAAGACGCCAACUUACAUUUUCACUAUACUAUCCAUAUAAUGACAGCUAAUAGAAUAAUCAUUACCCCUAAAUUUAACCUAUUAUAAAUGUUACAAAGUAAUUGAGAACCACUCAAAAUUCAGUCAGGAUCAACUACUGCGUUGGCUACAUUGUAUUGAUAUAAUUACAUUUUCUAAGUUUCAGAAAAUUGCAGUUUUUCAAAAAAGCUAAACGCUCCAACUUUCAGAUGGGGUCACCUCCCCCUUACCUGACCUCAGGCCUACAUUAACACCUCCUUGUCAGAAAAUUCUAGGGAGAUCCCUGGUUUGUAAAUUAAACUUCUUAGCCAAAACCAAGCACUGAUGAGUCUAUAGCCUACCAUUCGUACUGAGGCAGUCUUCUGCCAACGUCAUUAUCAGGCAAAAAAAAAAAGGUACAUUUGUCUCGGAUCUGAGCGUGGUGUCGCACACGAGCCGUCGUGGGGUCCAGGGGCGUCGCUGUCUCGCUGAAGUGUAACUCGUAAAGAUUCUUCAAGGUUGGCAGGUUUUUGGGCUAAGUUAACCCCAAACAACUUGAUGACUACAUUGUGAGAGUGCCAUAGUAUGAUAUCUUUGGUGAAAUGUCCCUUUUUAAAACAUUAAAAUAGCCAUAAACCACAUCAAGCUCCGAUCCCAAGACACUGGAGGCGGGGGGGAUUUAAUGUACUGCUCCUGAGGCGUUUUGACGUGUUUUAUACCACUUUUAUCCCAAAGGAAGAAGAAUACAAAGAUGACAUGUUUUUACUGUGCUGCAUUGUUUCCUGUGCUGUUUUGUUUUUUGAGAAUGUGAUCUGUGUUUAUUGUCAUGUCAUCUGUUUUAUAUGCUAGUUUAUCCAUUGGAAUGGGAACCCCAACUCGUGGUAGACACUAUGUAUUGUACCCUACAGAAAGCAUUGUUUUUUUUCCAAAGCAACUUCUGUUGAAGGCUGGUAUUGUUACUAGUACAGAGAUGCUUCUUGUUUAAUCUCUAUCAGAAAACCAAAGGUGUCUAUGGCAGCUUUAAUAUGUACGUAGUAGUCACACAUUGCCACUACAAAUCCAAACCAAGCCACGAAUGAAUCCACCCAAAAGCAAUGUAAUUCCUAAGACUACUGGGCUAAAACCAUGUCAAAGCUGCAUCUAUGUAUUCAUUUACUUAUGUCUGUUUUUGUAGAACGAGUUUCUCUGUUCUACAAAAUAUUUGCUCAAUUAUAUUUUCUGUCUUAAUUGAACAUGCUUGCAGACAACUCCAAAGUUGUUUUAAUUCCUCAGUUUGUGUUCAGGAGUUUCUUUAUCCGUGUGGCUCACACACUGCACCGUCACAUGAUUCAGAAUCCACUGGUCAACCUACAGUCUUAAUGUACAGAUAUGGGAAUGUAAUCUAAUAACAAUAUUUUAAUUAAACUUGAUUAGAAAGAA